AUGACUCCAUCCCAAGGACAUGGACCACUGGACAACGAUGACUUCACAAGAAAUUGUAACGUCUGUCACAUACUCAAAAAAUGUUGCAUAGUCAUCGUCGGCGCCGGCUUCGGAGGACUCCUAUUUGCCGUUCGUCUCAUCCAAACUGGAUUCCGCACCGUCGAUGAGAUCAAAAUCGUGGAUGAAGGCAGAGACUUCGGCGGCACCUGGCACUGGAACCAAGCUACACAUACCUGCCCCUGCUGGAAGAAACAGGAUACAUGCCAGUGCGAAACACAUCGUGGUAUCGAGAUCCAGGAGCAUGCUGCUCAAAUUGCCAAGAAAUGGGAUCUUGUUCGGCGGACUUCGUUCAAGACCAGUGUGAAUAAUCUGGCAUGGCACGAGCCGAAUUGUUUUUUGUAUGCGACCAUGAAGAUUUCCGGUGCGUGUGGGUUUGUGCAGGUGAACUUCGUCUACCUUGCAACGAAUUGUUGCAUACAGCCAAGAUACCGGAUAUUCAGGGCAUGA